UUCUUCAUGCUCACUGAUCAAAAUACACCCCCCUGCAUAAGACCCCGGGAGACGGGAGGGAGGGAGAGAGACGAACUUCCCAGGGGCUCCCUAGCAGGGCUCGCCGCAGCGCUACUGCCUGGGUUAUGCCCACUCGCUCGCCCUCUCCUCUCAGUGACAUUGCCCUGGGGACAGCUGCUGCCAUCUAACGUUUCCCUUUAGGGUUUGGCUUCCACUGUGGGAGGGGAGGGGGGUGACACACAGCGCACCUCGGUUUCCAAGCAAGCCAGAGAGCGCGGAAGCGGGGCGAAAGAAGCGAGAGGCAGCGAGAGGGAUCCCCCUCCUCUCCACCCCACUUUCACCCCCUCCUUGCCGAGUGGAUGCCAAGCCCUGGCCUUCCCACUUCCAAGCACUUUCUAGCCGGACCUCCGGAUCCAGCUAGAGGGAGAGAAACUUUGGUGGCUUUGCAGCGCUCUUCCUGCCCCUUCAGCAGCAGCAGCAGCAUGAAAUCAGCAGAGGAAGAACACUAUAAUUAUGCAUCUUCAAAUAUAAAUGCCGGUUUGCCUCUAAAUGUGGCACAUUCCUCAUUGUCAACUGCAUGUCAUGGCCUUCAGACAUCCAAUCCUGUCAUUUCAAUUGUCCCAUCAACAAAUCAUCCUUCUGGAUAUGGAGGACACAUUGAUGGUGGGGCCUCUGGAUAUUAUCUGUCUCCAAAUGUCAGACCUAAUGGAGCUCCAGCAUUAGAAAGCCCCAGAAUUGAGAUAACCUCGUAUCCGGGACUGCAUCAUAAUAACAACCAGUUUUUCCAUGAUGCUGAGGUUGAGGAAGCUAUCCCAAAUGCCAAGCGAUCACCUUCUACUGCCACUUUGAAUUUACCAAACAUUGAGGCUUACAGAGACCCAUCUUGCUUGAGUCCAGCAAGUAGUUUGUCUUCCAGAAGUUGCAAUUCUGAAGCUUCCUCCUAUGAAUCCAAUUAUUCUUAUCCUUAUACUUCGCCCCAGACAUCUCCAUGGCAGUCCCCAUGUGUGUCUCCUAAGACCACUGACACUGAGGAAGGAUAUCAACGCAGUAUGGUGGCCUGUACUUUGCUUAAUUCACCAAGACAUUCUCCAUCUACGUCUCCCAGAACAAGCAUUACAGAGGAAAACUGGCUAAGUGCUCGCAACUCAAGACCAUCUUCUCCCUGUAACAAAAGAAAAUACAGCCUAAAUGGUAGGCAGACCUCUUACUCACCACACCACUCUCCGACACCUUCUCCUCAGAGUUCUCCUCGGGUUAGUGUAACUGAUGAUACAUGGCUGGGAAACACUAACCAGUAUACCAGUUCUGCUAUAGUUGCAGCUAUCAAUGCCCUUACCACUGACAGCACAAUAGACAUGAAUGAUGGGAUUCCUAUUAAAUCUAGGAAGACUGCAAUAGAUCAUACUCCAUCCAUGACUCUCAAGACUGAACCAAGUGGUGAAGAUCAUGGGACCAUAUCACCAACUGCUGAUUUAUCACCAGAAGAGUUUUCUGGGUUUCAGCACAUCAGGAAAGGAAACUUCUGUGAUCAGUACCUUUCCGUGCCACAGCAUCCAUACCAAUGGGCCAAACCAAAGUCUCUGUGUCCUACAUCAUACAUGAGCCCAUCCCUGCCUGCCCUUGAUUGGCAGUUGCCAUCUCACUCAGGACCUUAUGAACUUCGGAUUGAAGAGCAGCCCAAAUCCCAUCACAGAGCUCAUUAUGAGACGGAGGGGAGUCGAGGGGCUGUGAAGGCAUCUGCUGGGGGACAUCCUGUUGUGCAGCUACACGGUUACUUAGAAAGUGAGCCGCUCACGCUACAGCUGUUCAUUGGGACUGCAGACGACCGCCUGCUGAGACCUCAUGCCUUCUACCAGGUUCAUCGAAUCACAGGGAAGACUGUUUCCACCACCAGCCAUGAAACAAUACUUUCCAACACCAAAGUCUUGGAAAUUCCACUUCUACCAGAAAGCAAGAUGAAAGCAAUCAUUGACUGCGCUGGAAUAUUAAAACUUAGAAAUUCAGAUAUUGAACUACGAAAAGGAGAAACAGACAUCGGAAGGAAGAAUACACGAGUGCGGCUGGUCUUCCGAGUUCACAUCCCACAAUCCAAUGGGAGAACUCUGUCUCUACAAGUAGCGUCCAACCCUAUUGAGUGUUCUCAAAGAUCUGCCCAGGAACUGCCUUUGGUGGAGAAGCAAAGUGCUGACAGCUUUCCUGUGAUUGGAGGGAAAAAAAUUAUACUGUCUGGCCAUAACUUUCUACAAGACUCCAAAGUCAUCUUUGUGGAGAAAGCUCCAGAUGGUCACCAUGUGUGGGAAAUGGAAGCCAAAACCGACAAAGAAAUGUGCAAACCAAAUUCAUUGGUGGUGGAGAUACCACCUUUCCGCAAUCAGAGAAUUACCAGUCCCGUUCAGGUCAAUUUCUAUGUCUGCAACGGAAAGCGAAAGAGAAGCCAGUACCAGCUAUUCACCUAUCUUCCUGCUAAUGUUCCAAUUAUAAAAACAGAACCCAGUGAUGACUAUGAGCCUGCUCAAACCUGUGGACCAAUGACCCAAGGAUUAAAUCCUCUCUCUAAACCAUACUACAGCCAGCAGAUCAUGAUGCCUCCUGAUCCUGGUUCGUGCCUUGUGGCUGGCUUCACUUCCUGUCAGCAGAGAAACACUGUGAUGUCAUCUUCCCCCAACUCAAGCCCCAAGCUGCAUGAUCUUUCAUCUUCUGCUUACAAGUGCAUCACCAACCCGGGCCACAGUCACCUAGGACUUCAGCAGCCCGCUGGAGGUGUCCCCACCGUACAGGAAGUGCCAAGGUCUAUAGUUGUGCACCCAAGUUCUCCAGAGCAAUCAUCUCUCAUCAUGCUGCAGCCGCAGGUGAGUCAACAUCUGAGCAGUAGCUGUUCCCUUGGUUACCAACAAACACUCUAUCCCAACAGUCCCUCUUCUCCAGUUCCAUCCGUUACCCAAGAGCCAACCUAUUUGCAGUCCUGCAGUCCAACUCACUCAUCCAUAAUGGGUCAACAGCAGCACCAACUGCCGAAGGUUCAAAGAAAUGAGUCUCCAACAAACCAACCACUGUCAUUGCCAGAGUUGCAUGAGGACAGUAAUCAUAAUUUGGCCCCUAUUCCUGUAAUGAUCAAGCGAGAACCUGAGGAAUUGGACCAGUUGUACCUGGAUGAUGUAAACGAAAUUAUCAGGAAUGACCUCUCCAGCACCAAUGUCCAUUCAGAGCUUGCAAUACUGGACUAGUUCAAAUCCAUAUACUUUUAGCUCAGCUGGUAUACCAGCUACAGCACAGAGCUGUCGUAACUGAAUAAACUGAAGUCAUUACCUGGUACCACUCUGAUCUUCCGCCUUACUGAAUGUUAGGAACUGAAGAUUUACCUCUUGCCUACAAAAAAGUAUCUCUUCAACCAACAAAACAUCUUCUUUAAAGAAAAUCAUCUCAAGAGGAGAAAAAAAGGGGAGGGAAUAAACUCUAAGGUGGCACAUUUCAUGGGAUAAAACUGGGAAAUUCAACAAAAGCUGAUGGCUUGUCCCCAGCAUUGAGCCUUUUGGCACCACUGGAAUUCAGCCCUGGAAGUGCCUUAUUUUACCAAAUUGUGGCAUCAGGACAUUUUUAAUAGGCUUUGAAUUUUCUACCAUAAAAAGUAUUUGUAGGUGCAGAAGCUAUAACGCUUGCAUUCUGGCAAUUGAUAUUUUAAAAAUCACAAGACAGCCGGUUGGAAAGGGAAUGACAUCCCUACUCAAAGUCAAAGACAUUUAUGAAUUCCAGAAUUUCUUCAGCUUUUCCUCUGCUGUAAUGUACAGCCUGUUGCCUUAUUCUCAGUGCAUUUCAAAAGCCUCCCGAUUUGUCAUCUCAGCUCUUUCUUUUUUUUCAUAUACUGUCCUUAUUCUCUGCUAGUGAAUCAUAGGAUUGUUAGUCAUAGCAUGUUAAGAUUUUGAUUUUAAUCUGGCUUCAGUCAUAGCACAAGUAUGUUGAAUAGCACAAAAUAAUAAGGUUGAUGGACAAAAAAAUUGAAAUCUAUCUAUUACACGAUAGAUGUAUGUGUAUGCAUGUACAUACAUUCUAGUAUAUAUGCAUAUAUUUAUAUAUGACAAGUAAUAUAGGUGAUUGCCUGGCGAGGGCACUGAAUUCAGCAAUAAUUUCCAUUUCUGUGAAUGGAUUUCAGAUCCCAAACAAUGUUUCAGCUACUUUUGUUGAUGGUUUGUAACACCUAAGACAGGUAUGCAUUUUCUUUCCUCAUGCAGUUAAGCAAGCACUUUAGACAGUCAAGAAAGAUGCAUACAAAAUACAUAAUUAUUUACCAAAUGGCAAAAUAUGAAAUAAAGAAAUUGUAAAUACCAUUAUGAAAGAGUGUAAAAUAUUUGUUCAAUUAUAAGAUUAUUAUUUCACGGAAGCCUUAUAAUUCUCUGCUACAUGUACGAAAAAUAAUAUUACCAAAAAACAAAUGUUUAAUAUGCAACGCUGUACAAUAUGUUUUCAGAUUAGCUAAUGUUUAUGGCGCACCAGAUAGGCUUGUAGCGUAGUCUUUAACAUUGUAUUUUGUACAAUCAAUUGCUUAUUAUAUAACUAGCAAUGACUUCUUAUUUCAUAUAACCAAAAAAAAAAAAAAGAGAGCAUGGUUUAAUUUAAAAAUGUUUAACGUUAAUAUUGUGCCUUAGGAAUCAGCGACCCCUACUGGAAAUAUGCCUGAACAACACCUCUGUGCUGAGGUCGUAACUAAUUAACCACAAUGUUAUAAAAAUUGAACAGAUUUCACAAAAAAGUGAAAUUCUCCUAAACAUUUUUUAAAUAUAUUAUUCUGUACAAUUAUGUCUUACUUUCUUUUUUUUUAAAAUAUUGAAAGCCAUAUAUGUCACAUUUGCACAUUACUGUGAAGACAUGAGAAUAUAAUAUGGCUCUAUGUACAUAUUAUGCUGUUUCUGGUCCUAAUAGUAGUCUGUAAUUCCCAAUCUGUUUAAUCCCAGUUAUUUACCCUGUGUUUAGCAUUGUAGAACUUGCAUGAAACAUUUCUUGUAGACUGCCACAUUAAAAAAAUAAAAAGUUUGACACAUGUCAGCUUAACUUGUAGUUAGAAAAAUAGAUCCAAUAAAGCAAGUCUGGAAGCUAGUGUUAGAGUGGUUCAUUUUAUGUUACCUUAAAAAAUCUUCCUUUCUCAUAUAAAAUAAGCAUUUUUACAUUAUAUACAUAUAUACAUAUAUAUCACACGCUCCUCUAUUUGAAGCUAUUUGCAUCCCGCUGCAGCCUACUAAUAUACUUACCUUAUUAGAGAAGUAAAUGCCUUUUGACAACAGAAUCACACUUUUUUUUCCUUCUUUUAAGAGACAUUACUGCCAAAGAAAUAAAAAUUGAUAUAUGAUAUAAUUCUCAGAUGCUGUUCACUCUGUACUUCAGAAAUGUCAAUAAAGUGUGAGUGGAGGAACCUAUUACAGAAAUAUCCUUGGUGAGGCUUUGAACCCCUCCUCCCACACACACACUGUCUGCAUUUCUGCAAUAACUUUAGCAAGAUAAUCAACUGUAUGUUUUGAAUAUGUUGCACCUCCUUUGUCCUUAAUUUUUAUUUUUCUUCUUUAAGCUAUUCUGAAAAAAAAAUCUGUUACUUUUAAGCCUGGAUAAUGGAAGAUUAUGCAUCUCUUGUAUAUGUAUUCAUAAAAUAAAAAAAUGCAAGCAGAAAUCUU